AUGCUUGCCUAUCUAACUUGUGUUAAAGGUUAAUGUAAUGAAAUAACAGAUCAAAGGUAGUGUAAUGAAAAUGAACAAUGCGAAUGGGAUUAUUGGUCACCUUCAAAAUGUCAAAACAUUUGCAAUCAAUUGAAGAAUCAAAAUGAAUGCAACUUUGCAGCAAACUGUAAGUGGGUAGCAAGUUCAUCCUCAUGUUUCAUCAGAAAAUGCACAGAAGAAUUGUAAUAGGAUAGAUGUUGUCAAAUAGUUGCUUGUUCUUGGAGAAAUAACUAAUGUUGGGACUCAUCAUGUGUUACAUUGUAGGCUAGCGAGGCUGGUAAAUGUGCCAAUUCAUACUGCAUUUGGGAUCAGAAAAGAAAGCUUUGCUAUGAUAAAAAAUGCUCAGACUAUUCUAAUUAAUAUGAUUGUGAUCAAAUAUCAUUUUGUAGUUGGUUUAAAUACAAAUGCAUAGACGAUGGUAAUAACAAGAUUGAUUAUCAAAAUGGUGAAGAAUAAUGUUGA